CGCCACCGUGGGCCGGAACAGCCUACUAGUCCUAUCGAGUCCUACCAUAUGCUUGCGUACCUCGUCCGCGAGCUGAACUUUCCCGGUGUCCAACAUCGAUUGUCCGGGAGGUUCAUAUAUGUUUUGGGACCUCUACAUAAGCGCAGGAUCUCAACAGGGGCUCUUCAAGUCACGCCGUUCGGUCAGGCGACCGGGUUACUUCCUUCACUUGCUACACACAGUAUUAAUAUCCCGCCUUGGCGCGGGCUAACGAGCUCUCAAACAAGUACGUCGCCACAAGUACCAGGAGCAGACUGAGCAGACCCUUGAAACAUCGCAGCCGCUCUUGUCGCCAUGAACCGACCCUCUUUGUACUGGGAGGCGGAUGAUGAUGUUGAAGACAUUGGACGAUACGUUCCCGGAGGAUAUCAUCCUGUCAAACUUGGCGACUUACUCGCGCCUCCUCCUGGGUCCUCGGACGGAGGAGUGCGACGAUAUCGCGUACUCCAUAAACUCGGUCGCGGGGCCUUUGGAACCGUAUGGUUCGCAGAGAGUCUGCAUGAAUCCUCACAGCGCUAUGUCGCGCUCAAAAUAUGUGUGGCCGAUGCGAAUCCUCAGCAGGAACUUGGAAUCCACAGCCGGCUCCCCCAUGAGGAAGCGCGACAUAUAAUGGAACUUCUCGAUAGCUUUACGCUGCAGGGGCCGAAUGGUGUUCACUCAGUGUUUGUAUACAAUGUCCUUGGCAGUCUGAACGAAGCCAUCCGUUCCAGUCCCGGUACUAUGCAAGUCAAACUAGUCUGUCAACAGCUGGUAAAAGGUGUUGCCUUUUUGCAUCGCUAUGGUGUCGUGCAUGGGGACAUCCAUUUGGGCAACGUUGGCAUAGCUCUCCCUACUUUGAAUGACCAUUCCUCGAGAGAUAUCAUGGAGUACUUCGGUAACCCAGAAUGUACCGUCGUACUCCCUACAACGGUAUCUCAACAUCCCGACGGUCUGCCACCAUACCUCGUGCCGCCUGUCUCCUUCAACAGUUUCCUGUCGAGAAAUGAUCUUUCCUUUCGUGAGGGGCUUCUAAAAGUAGAGAUCAUGGAUUUGGGGAACGCCACUACCGUAGACUGCGCACCACGUCCGUCAUGCACUCCCGCAGCGGUCUGCGCACCUGAGAUCAUGUUUGAGCGGGUCGUCCGUUCAGUAGACGCACCGGCAACAAAAGCGAGCGAUAUAUGGUCGCUUGCGUGCACCAUGUACGAACUUGUAUUCGGCUCACGGUUGUUUCAUUUUGCGGCGCAGAAUGACGCGUUGCUUGGAAAGAUGUCGAAACUGUGUGGCGAGAUUUCUCCGUCCUGGCAAACCUAUUGGAUUUCCAAGGAGCGGCUUCGUGAUCUUGAUACAUCUCCAGAGACUGCCUCUGCAGAAUGGGCGUACCUCUUGGAUCAUCAUUCGCGGACAAAUAGCGUGUUACCCUCCACUGAUAUGGCCGAGCUAAUUUCUCUCCUACGGUUGAUGCUCAAGAUGGAUCCUGCAGCCCGGCUGAGUGCUGAGGAUGUCCUGGAACAUCCUUGGCUUAACUCCGUUGGUUCAUGAUGCAGCGCCACCGCGGAGUGACAGCCGGGAGAUUCUGCGUAAUUCUCAUCUAGAUUAUCAACGACGAUUAUGUUUGAAAUUUAGAGAUUACUAGACAUGGUGCUGUUGCAGUGACUACGGAGGGCAAAUCUGCAGCUCCGCAGGUGUGGCGCGCG